GUGCGCGCGCCUCCUUUAUAAAAAGCGUUAGCAGCGCGCGCCGCGGAGCCGCUUUCGCUCGCCUUCCCUACGAGGUGCUCGAGAGGUCUGCCCUCGGGAGGGUCGGUCGGUCGGUGGGAGUGCCGCCGCGCCGCCGCGUCUCCUCGGGUUCGUGCGUCCGUCCGUCCGUCCGCCCGCCCGCGAACGGCCCGGCCCCUCCCCCGCUGGACCGGACACCAUGCUGUUCUGGCACUCGCAGCCGGAGACUUACCACCAGCAGCACGCGAACGCCGGCUACCUGCGCGAUGCGCUGGCACCCUUCCUCAAGCACGAGACCCCGCAACCGCCGGCCGAGAAGGACAGCAAGGCGCCGCCUUUCCAGUAUGUUCUUUGCGCAGCCACCUCUCCGGCUGUCAAGCUGCAAGAAGAAACGUUGACCUACCUGAACCAAGGUCAGUCCUACGAAAUCCGUAUGCUAAACAGAAAACUAGUGGAGUGUACAGAUAUAAGCAGCAAAUAUGUAAAGAGCAUCGUACGGGUUGUGUUUCACGACCGGCGCCUCCAGUACACUGAACACCAGCAGCUUGAAGGAUGGCGAUGGAACCGACCCGGAGACAGGAUCCUGGAUCUCGACGUUCCCCUGUCAGUGGGAAUCGUGGAGCCUCAAGUUCCUCCGAUGCAGCUCAACACUGUCGAGUUCCUCUGGGAUCCGAACAAAUGUGCUUCUGCGUUCGUCCAGGUGAACUGCAUCAGCACAGAGUUCACCCCUCGGAAGCAUGGCGGGGAGAAGGGCGUCCCCUUCCGCAUCCAAAUAGACACGUUUGCUCAGAAUGAGAACAAGGAAUACAUGGAGCACAUCCACUCUGCCAGCUGCCAAGUCAAGGUGUUCAAGCCCAAAGGAGCUGAUCGAAAGCUGAAGACCGACAGGGAGAAGAUUGAGAAGAGAUCUUUUCAAGAGAAGGAGAAAUAUCAGCCUUCCUAUGAAACCACAGUGCUCAGAGAGUGUUCACCCUGGCCUGACGCUCCCAGUAUGAACAGCUCGAGCAGCACACCAUCCCCUGUUUACCACAGCUCUCCGACGCCCUACAGUAUUAUUGACGGAAAUGCUUCUCCAGAUCAGCAGGAGGACCUAACCUUUCCUAGCUGUUCAGAUAACCUUCUUGCCACGUCCUCCAUGCAGGACACGCAGCAGUGGCUGCUUCGACACAGGUUCUCAUCAUUCUGCAGGCUCUUCUCCAGCUUCUCUGGAGCUGAUUUAUUAAAGAUGACCAAAGAAGAUUUCAUCCAGGUCUGCGGUCCAGCAGAUGGGAUUCGCCUUUUCAAUGCGGUCAAAGGAAGGUGUAUACAACCUAGGCUCACAAUCUAUGUGUGUCAACACAAGUUGAAAGGCCAGCAACCGCCUAAGUCCCUGGGUGGAGAUGUCUACCACGCUCUGUACUUGGAGGACCUGACAACAGCAGAGCUCACGGAGAAGAUUGCCCACCUCUACAACAUCUCCCCUGCACAAAUCAGCCACGUCUACCGUCAAGGUCCCACGGGCAUCCACGUGCUGGUUUCCGACAAGAUGGUGCAGAACUUCAUGGAGGAGACUUGCUUUAUUUUAAACACAGUUAAAGAUGAGACCAGUGAUGGCUACUGUAUUGUUCUGAAGUAGCAGAAAAUGCAGCUACAACAAGAACUAAGUUUCAAGUGUUGCUGGAACCUGGACUUCUUGGUUUACAAAUUCUCACUUUUUUUUUUUUUGUAUUUUUAUAUUGACUUAAGUUAUUGAUUGACUUCUGAAAUUUAUAAUUAUUUGAGAAUUAAGUUUCUUUCAAAUAUUGCAUCUAUGGACAGAAGUGCUGAAACUGACAAAUUUGCUUGAAGAUACGAAGCAUGGCGCAUCCCUACAAAGGAAUCAACCCACCAAGAAGCAAUUUGUAAUCCGUGCUCUACAAAGUAACAAUCUUUUUCUAACAUUUGAAACUUUUUUUUUUUUCCCUCUUCUUCCUCUCCCUCUUCCCCCCCCCCCCCCCAAUUCUGGGGAUCCCCUGUUAUGGCCUUGGAGCCAAUUGGGAAUGAGCCCUGCACCACCGGCGCAGUGACUACAGCACUUAACUCGAGAAUCGUCUCGUGUGCUAUGCACGUUUGGGGCAACAGGGACCAGUGCCAGCAGUUUCCAAGAACACUCAUUCUGAGAAACAUACCUGGCUGUUGUUGACACAGGGUGUCAAUUUUUGGCUCGAAACUGAACUGGGCACACAGUGUACACCCAUUCCACGAAAACAAAACCUCCCACAUUGCUUAAAGCAUUUACAAUUUAAUCUCUUUGAUCCGAUGUGUAACUCUUUAAGAAGCCUCUGCCACUUAUUUCCUUCAUGGGUUAAUGUACGCUCUUGCUUUGGUGUCCUGUAGGAAACCAUUUCUUUUCGUUCCUCCUCGCCAUACAUACCUUUAGUCAAACAGCAAUGAGUUUCAAGAGCAUUUUUAAAGGAUAUUUAGCAUAUCCUUGUAUCUGAAAUUGGUGUACAUUCAAAUGUUUAAUUUUAAAUAGUGAAAAUGGAGCUUAAACAUAUUGUCAAUGCAAGAGUCACACCAAUAAAGCUGAUGAACAAAUGACAUGUUAAGAGCAAGUGGUGUGUGGUACUGUUGACUUAUUGCUUUUUGUGCAAACUGAAACACAGCUGCACCCUUGUCACUGAUUUCCUGUAAAGAGCAUUGUUUUUACCCAUGUGUCAUAUGUGUUGUGUGUGUAUGUUUUUUUUUUUUUUUUGGUAACAUAUUACAAUACUAGCAAAAUUUUUUGGGGGGUUAGUGCUCUGCAGCCAAAAUUGUAAAUCCUGUGUAUGGAGUGUGUCCAGGUGCAAUUUUAUUUCCUCCAAAAAUAUGUAAGUAACAUUUAUUUUUAGGGUUAAUGUACUGAGGCCUUUGUUUUGUGUUCUAUCAGUUUGUCGUUCCUUACCGCUCCUUUGAUUGAACGUGGAAGGAAAUCCCUUGCGUUUUGUAUGUUCUGUUCACAAUAAAGCGUUUUGCACUGCUUUGUAUUUUCU